AUGGAUGGAAGCAGCGGCAGCGAUGAGAGCACGAUGAGCGACUCCCCAUCUCUGUGCGGUGUGGGUAAGCUCCCGUCGUCCCGUUUCAAGGGAGUCGUCCCACAGUCCAACGGCCGGUGGGGCGCCCAGAUCAACGAGAAGCACCAGCGCGUGUGGCUCGGAACUUUCGACACCGAGGACGAGGCCGCCCGAGCCUAUGACACCGCCGUCAUCCGCUUCCGAGGCCGCAACGCCAUCACCAACUACCUUCUCACGGAGGUCGACCGCGCGGAGGAGACCUUCCUCGCCUCCCUCUCCAAGGACGAGCUCGUUGACAUGCUCCGCAAGCACACCUACGCAAACGAGCUCGAGCAGUGCCGCCGCCACGGAGCCUUCCAUCGGCCCCACACGGCCUCCUCCGGCCCCCACGAACACCUCUUCGAGAAGGUCAUGACUCCCAGCGACGUCAGCAAGCUCAACCGCCUCGUCAUCCCCAAGGAGCACGCCGAGAAGCACUUCUCCAUUCAAGAAGGCAACAGUUCAAAGGGGGUUCUGUUGAAUUUCGCGGAUGGCGACGGGAGGGUGUGGCGGUUCAGGUACUCGUACUGGAGCAGCAGCCAGAGCUACGUGUUCACCAGAGGCUGGAGCUGCUUCGUCAAGGAGAAGAAUAUUCGGGCCGGGGACGUUGUAGCUUUCCAGAGGUCGGAGGGUCAGCUCUACAUCGACUUUAAGCAUAAAAGCCGUGGUGGCUCACGAUGGAGAUCGAGAUCGGGAUCAGGAUCGGGAUCGGGAUCGGGAUCGGAUCACGUAAUGAGGCUGUUUGGAGUUGACAUAUUCCAGGUCAACCGAGAUGGGUCGGCGAGGAGGGAUAGUAAUUAUGAUGAUGACGACGACGAGGACGACGAUGAUGAUUAUAUGGUGGGUUUGGAGAUGGGGUUUUUGAGGUUGAGUCCUAGCAAGAGAAAAAGGUUUAUUGAUUCCUUGUGA